AUGUGUUACGCUAUCUACUACGUGUACGCCGAGUGUGGACAUGAUAAGAAGUUAGAGAUUGUCGAGUUCUGUGAGGAUUUCGGAGCGAGAACGUGCAUGCUCAUUCCCGUCUGCUUCAAGCAAGUCGACGCUCCAUCUCUCUGCGUCUCGUGCUUCCGCGAGGAGGAAGCCAUGAUCGAUGCCAAGUAUGACGCCAUGGUAGAGUUGAUCCGAGGCAAGAUGAUUGACUAUGAGGCAGCCCAGGCGAAUAGACAGAUCCAGGGUCGCGCUCAAGGAACGGUCGACAGCUAUCUCGCUCUGCUCGAGCGAGACCUGGCAGAUGCGAAGAAGUUGAGAAAUCUGGAGAUUAGAUCAUUCAGAACUGAACAGGAUGUCUGGGCUGAUGGCUGA